AUGUCACACCAGUAUGACUAUCUCGCACACGCUGUUCUUGGCCUUGGAGCCUCGCAUCUAUCCCAACACGGCAACGUCGACUACACGUCGCAAGCCUUGCAGCAUCGUGUUACCGCUAUGAAGCUUGUCAAUGAACAGCUCGAUCACCCGCCGACAAAACCCGCCGACCAAGAUGCGCUCUUCGCGGCCGUGAUAUGUCUCGUCACCCAAUCGUCUCUUAUGCCGGACAGCAUGGUUGACUACAUCACAACAACGAGAGGCGGUAAUUUGGUAGCCUCAACCAUCAUUACAAACUAUGAACAUUCCAUCUUCAAGUACUUUACGCCGCUAGAACAUGAUCGAUCCCUGGAGAGGCUCAUCUGCGAACAGCCAAGGGAUUUUGAAGCCAUCGAAGGCUUUCACGCAUCCGCUCUGCGUAUAAGGCCGUUGUGCCAGAAGUUUACCGAGGUGGCAUAUUGUGAAUCCAUGAUUAAAUGCAUCAAUAAUUUACGCACCUCGUGUCUAGAAGCUUGGAGAGAAUUCGUCAUUUUGUUCAUCUUGCCGACCACUUUUAAUAAUCAAGACUUUAUGGAAUUCGUCGACUACGAAAAUCACACGGGCCAUCUCUUGCUCAUUCACAUGUUUCUUUUAGACUACGUACUUGGUAAUGCGUGUCUCUCUAAAGCUGACGAGCCCGAAUAUCCUGGGAGGAAAUUCGUCAUUAUCAAUUGGACUAGAGAUUUAGCCCGCAGGCUACCGUCCUCGUAUCAAGUAUACACUGAAUGGCCGCUAGAAUACUGCAAGUUUCUAGCUGAACGAGAUGCACGGUACCUUCUCAGCCCCUGA